CGGCGUUCGUGCCUUUCCCAGAGGUUGUUCCCCACACUGCGCGCGUCGGAUCUCCCAGCGGCCGGACGCGCUCCUCGGCCCGCAGACAGCGGACUCCUCCGCUCCCCGACAAGCGCCGAAACCUUUAGAAAAUAAAAGCAUGCGACGGGACCUGCUUUAAAGGUCAGUGAGGACGGACGCCUCCGCUGUCCAGCGGCCCGGGGUCGGGCUUCUGUUUGCAGCGAGGACCCACGUAGGAAAAAAAUAAAUAAAUAAAAACCUCCAGAUAUCCGGAAAAUGGAUCCUCUACAAAAUGGUGAUAAUUGUGAGGAGGACUCGCAGUGUGGCGACGAGGGAGAAGAAGGAGAAGAAGAAGAAGAAGAAGAAGAAGGAGAAGAAGGAGAAGAAGAAGCAGUGGAUCCAAGAAUCCAGGGAGAACUGGAGAAGUUGAACCAGUCGACAGACGACAUCAACCGCUGGGAGAGCGAGCUGGAGGACUGCCGUCAGAGGUUUCGUGCGGUGCUGGUGGAGGCGACAGUGAAGCUUGACGAGCAGGUGAAGCGGAUUGGACGAGCUGUGGAUGACUCCAAACCGUACUGGGAAGCACGCAAAAUAGCCCGACAGGCCCAGGUUGAGGCCCAAAAGGCCACCCAGGAGUUCCAGCGGGCGGUGGAGAUCCUGCGGGCGGCCAAGGAGACCAUCGCGCUGGCCGAGGAGCGGCUGCUGGAGGAGGACAGCCGCCAGUUCGACUCCGCCUGGCAGGAAAUGCUCAACCACGCCACGCAGAGGGUGAUGGAGGCCGAGCGGGCGAGAACGAGCAGCGAGGCCGAACACAGGAAAACAGCCGCCAAUUACAACUCCUGCAUCUGUCACAUGAGGCAGCUGGAGAAGAAGCUCAAACGAUCCAUCAACAAAUCCAGGCCGUAUUUUGAACUGAAAGCCAAGUAUUAUCUACAGCUUGAGCAACUCAAGCGCCACGUGGACGAGCGUCAGGCCAAACUGGUGGUCGCCAAGGCCGACUACCGCACAGCAUUGCGCAACCUGGAGAGCAUCUCCGAGGAGAUCCACGCCCAUCGGCGCUCCAUCGCCAUGGGGACCAGGGAGCAGGGCGUCGGCGCCGAGGGGGACGGGCCCGACGGGGACGUGGCCAGCUUCCCCGGGGAGUCAGACGGUCUGUCCAUGGUGUCCGUGUCAUUUGACGAGGGCCGCCGCUGCAGCAGCUCGGAGGAGGAGGCCGACGCUCGCCCCGCCUCCCCUCCAGCCGCGCCCCCCUCGUCCUCCUCGCGACCCUCCACCUCUGCCUCCACUCCACUGGACGCGCCCUGCCCUCCCCCCUCCUCCUCCUCCUCCUCCUCCUCUCCCCCCGUCUGCCCCCCCUGCUCCUGCCUCUCCUCCUCCCCCUCCGUCCUCUCUUCCUCCUUUGCCGGUGGACGGGAGUCAGGGAGCCCCCGCAGCCCCCACGACGUGGACUCGGUGUGGAGUCCUCAGCAUGCGUCGCCGCUCCUGGGCCCUCGCAGCCAGUGCAGCGGAGCUUCUUCUCCCGACUGCGACCAGGAGAGAGGUGACCGCGCCGAGGGGGCGGAGUCAGCGCUGGAAGCCGGUUUGAACAAGCUCACCUUGACCGUCGCCCAAAAACAAGAAGGGGACUCCGGGGAUGAACAAGAUCCCCCCGUCAUGAGCCCCGAAGUAUCCUCGCCCACCUCCAUUGUGUUACUCAACAGUGCGUAAUGAACUCUGUGGUAAAAGCAACGAGAGCUCAAACAACCCUGAAUAUUGCGUCUCCAUAUUGUCUCCACAUCCAAUGGCGUCAUAUUAGAAGGUGCUAUACGUAGUGUAUUUGAACGUCAGUACUUUAAAGUAACUUGUGGACCUGCCUGUAAGCGGCUACGAGCAGGGAGUGCUGUCAGUGGCAUCAUUCAAAUGAAGGCGUUUCUCCUGAAUAUCAUUUCUGUUGCAAAGUGGGCGCCUUGUGAAGCGAUUUCACCCGCUCGGUUUAUUGUGUGAGAUCAUUUGCAGCAGUAUGGGACACUUGUCUUUUGUUCGGUAUAUUAUACGUUCUGUCAAACCUCUCAAUAACGGGGUGUAACGCGGCUUCAGCUUUAAAGUUAUGCGUCCAAAUCAACGUCAUCAAACAUGUAUUGAUGUAAAUGUACUACCGUUGGCAACACUUAAGAAAUGUCCAGCAGUGGACCUCCGCUGGGGAUGAAAAUGGGACAAAACAAUCUCUCCAACGUUGGAUCCUUUUUUUUUGUUCUGCCUCGAAUUAUUGAGCUGCGCUUUUAGCUCCUAAAUGUGAAGUUGAAUUGUAGAUUGCAGAGACAGUUUCGGGGGGAAGGAGGAGGAGGAGGAGGAGGAAGGAGGAGGAAGGAGGAAGGAGGAGGAGGGCCAGCGGUGCUCCAAAGCACUGGACACAAGAAGAGACUCUCCGGACGGGACUGAACACCGGUGGUCUUCCAUUUGGACUUAUGAAUGAGUGAAUCAUCACCACCUGAGGUGAUGGAGGACAUUUGAACACGUGCGUCGGUUGUGUUUUUAGUAGUACAGAUAUUCUAUAUUUAUACUCCUGUAUUCUUGUAUAUGAACAGUGGUUUGUGUUAACUAUUGUUAUUGUUUAACAAAAAAUAAGCAAUAAACAUGUGCUUCAUUUAUCAGA